UCAGUGUUCAAGUUCUCAGGGUGUGUGAGCUGGUUGUGUUUAGUACAUUCUCCUCAGAGUGUGAUCGACAGACUGAGGAAUGGCCAUUAACUUUAUGUUGUGUGGUUGUACUGUAUGCACGAACAAAAUACUAGAGGGUUUAGGGAACGAUCAUUUGUUAAUCACAAUAAAAUGUGUAUGAAUUUCUUUUGGUAGUAGUAAUCUCAGUUUUACUCUACACUUAAGUGUCUGCUUUGGCAUUUCCCCUUUAAACUCUCAUUUGUAGGCCUUAUUUCUUCAGGAUGGACGACACCAUCUGUUUGAUAAACUGUGUUUUUAACUACCAGCAUUUAGUUGCAUACAGUAAGCUCCUUUUCCCCCCAGUAUAUUUAAUCUCAUUACAUUAAAUUAUCAUCAGGUGAACCAUGAAAGCUGUGUAUAGAUGAUUAGAAGCUGCUGCUUUUUUUGAUGCUCUUCCCUUUGGAUGCAGCUAUAUUGUAUACCUCCAUUUCGGUAUUUAAAUCUCAUCUUAAAGCCACCUACCUGUACACUCUGGCAUUUAAGCAGGAUCGAUAGAUUAUAGUCUGACACAUUUGUUGUAAUUUUUGUUUUGUGUUGCUAUUUGUUUGUCUGGCUGUUUUCUUCAUUUUAAAUUUUUUUAUUUAAUUUUUGUUAUCUCUUAUUUAAUCUUUAUAAUAUUUUUCAUUUAUUACAUGUUAAACUUUCAUGUUAUAUAGAUAUCCAAAGGUAAUAUAUACAGUAUGAAUUUGCUUUAGGUAGAAUUUUUAUUUUUUAUUUUAAAAUUUAUUUAUUUAUUUAUUUUUUACAUAUCUUUUAGGUAUUACUCCUUUGUCCAGAUCGAAACUAUGUUAUACUGCAGCAAUCAGUAUUUGUCAUUCUCUUUGUGGGCACAAAAUAUAUGACAAGUCUUACUAAGCAUAACAAACAUUAUUAUUAUUAUUAUUAUUAUUAUUAUUAUUAUUAUUAAAAUAGGGGGAUAUUCCAAAGCCAUACCUCUGAUAUUAGUAGUCACUUUUGGAACAAUGGAUGGUUGGUUCCCAGUAGUUGUUUUUAGAUAGAAAAGAGGCUUGCUGUAUGUUGCAUGCUGAAUAAUGUUAUAGAUUUUUUUUUUACAUAAGUGACCCAGAAAAAACAAGUCUUCACCUCCCUAUACCUCACCAUCUGUAUUUCUUUCCAGCCUUCUAAUGCAGAAAUAACUUGGACAUCUAUUGACCCUAAAACCGUGCUGGAAGUUUUUACCUCCUGUUCAGUACUAGGUCUGCACCUGGUCCUUCUAAUAAUCUUGAACACAUCCCCUCUGCAUGGGCCACAGAUGCCAAAUACCACCAAGCUGAUUAGCUGCCUGCUUUGCCAGUAUAAUUAAGCUCUUUUGGCUCCCAGCAGCCUCUCUCUGUAGUUUGGGCAGCUGGCAACCUGCCCAGACCUCGUUUCGGCAGGGUUGGUGUCCUGUCAGGUCAGCACAUCAUCUCAGUGCAGUUACAGCUCUUUAGGAGGCUUAAACAUAUAGGAUGCAGAAGAGCUUAGUCUAUUAUGGUGAGAUGAACUUGGCUUUGACUUGGGUCCAACGUUACAAGCUAUAUUUGAGAUUUGUGAGCAUUUUAAGGUGUUCUUUUUUUUCUGGAAAGAUUUCAUAAAUUUAAGAAAUGAAUACCAAGAAAACACGUUUAUCUAACAAUAGAGUAUUCCUGCCAUUGUGCCUUGUGCUCUAGCAGCUUUGUAAAAGGGGCAAGUGUUGUAGUUUUAAAAAACUGUUAAUAAGUGGUGCAGUUUAGAUUUAAAAAAACCUAAAUAGUUUGUAUUUUUGUUCAUUUUGUGAAAUACAUAGAUGAGUUGAUCAAUGAAAAAAAAUUACUUGCUUUUUUCUUUUUGUGUACGGAUUAGAUUGAAACUAGAAGCUUAGUUGUCUUAUUGGUUCUGAAAAUUAGAAGUCAGGACCUAAGGAUCCUGUUCAAUCCGUUACUGAAAUUUUGCCUUAAAUGGACAAAGCCUAUAGGAAUAAUGCUUAACAAGGAAGUUCGGUGCCAUUUUCAUUUGAAAUGUCAAUAAAAUAAAUUUGACCUACAAUAUAUACAGUUGGUCAAGCUUUGAUGAUGGUGUAUAACCUUUAUACACAACAGGAAAUCUGUCAUAAAGUGAUUGGCCUGUGGCCUGAUAAGGUUUCUUCGUAUUAAAUAUUAAACCUUAAAUGUGUAAUGACGUAGGGGUACUUGAGAAAUGCUGACUGUCAGUUGGUGCAAAUGUAUAUACAAAAAACCAGCAACUCAAAUACAGCAUUUUUUGUUUGUUGUUAAUCUAAUUAUAAUAUGUUGUUAUGGGGAGUCACUAUACUCCAGAUUUAAUGAAAAACACAAUAAGCAUUAUGCCUUUGUUUACUCAGUAGUUCAUAAAGUAGACUUGAACAUUAAGAAGUGCGAUAGGGUAAAGGAAUGGUGACUUUUCAGUCCUCAGAUUCUCAAACCUGCUUCUUUAUCUUUCCUUUCGUUUCCUUUCUGCAAUGUUGAACUGUAUUUUGGAGGGCUAUAGAGUGCUAUGACAGGUUUUAUCUCUCCCUAGUCAGAUUUUAGGGCUCUGUAGGGCAUUUGCAGCUCUGAUCAUUGCUUCCAGUGUUAAAUCUGACCUGUCUGGAGCUGAAAAAUUGAUGUGGCUAGACAUAAAUAUUUGAUGUCAGGUAGCAUUUUUAGGGUAUGACCCAGAUAUUUAAGGAAAGGAAAAGGUCACUGGUUUCAGGGAAGCUGUUAUCUGGGUUCAGAUUCAUAUUACAAACAAAAGGCUUCAGGACAACAUGAUAAAUUUCCAGUGAACACAUGCUAUAUGUCAGUAAUCACCAAGUGAUGAUUAAAAAAAUAAGUUGUUUUGUGGUUCAAAUCACAUUAAGCUCUUCAAACAAAUAUGCACUUUAGGAAUUUGUCUGUUAAAAUGUUUUUUUUUUGCUAGAUUGAGGACAGUGACCCAUGAAGCCUAAUAUCAUAUCAUGAAGUAAUAUCUCACGAAAACACACACACACACACACACACACAGUCUGGCCUUCUGCAACAGCAUUGCAUCUCCAGAUGGAUAAUAAAUGUGCCAGAAUGGAGCAUACCAUUAGCACGGGGGUGUUCACUCUCUGUAGUCUCUUAAAAGCUUUUAAAAACAUGAUUCCAACAAACCAACUCCCUCCAAUCAUUAUUUCUGUCUUAAAGAAUUAUUAAAUCAGUGACAAAAUGAAUAGUUUCCUUCCUUCUUUUUGAUAGUCACACUCAUUUUAACUUCUCCUUCACCUCCCACUUCGUGUCUUAUCUCUGCCCAUGGCUUAGAGCAGCCAGGUAAGUGUCAGUAAACACACUGCAGCUGAAGCACUGAGAGGAUUUAUCAUGAACGUCAUUAUGCACACAGCCUGUGAGCUCACAGGUGUGUGAGUCAGUGUGCGUGGCUAGUACAAGAGACUGUAGGUAUUCCACUGGACUGUCACUUGGUACAGACAGACACCAGCGAAGUCAAGCCAGAUUGUAAGGAAUAGGGCGAAGAAGAAAAGGACACAAAUUGCAAUAGAGGAGCGGCGACUUGCAAGGUUAACAUGGAGGUUUGGAGCAGCUCGGGCACAGAGGAGAGCGAGAGAGAGAGCAGCAUCAGUCAGGAUGAGGAAGAUGAGGAGGAACAGGAGCAGAGUACUAGCGGUCUGUGCAGAGAGCUGGUGAAAGUGCUGUGCUCAGAGAGGGUUGGCCAGGUUACAAAGACAUACCAUGACAUUGAGGCUGUCACGCAUCUUCUGGAGGAGAAAGAACGUGAUCUAGAGCUAGCAGCUCGAAUUGGCCAGUCACUGCUGAAACAGAACAAGGCCUUAACAGAACGUAACGAGCUGCUGGACGAACAGCUGGAGGCCGCAAAAGAAGAGAUUGCUCAGCUGCGUCAUGAGCUCUCUAUGCGAGAUGAUCUUCUGCAACUGUACGCCAGCACUGAGGAGAUAGAAGCUGCUACAGAAUUACGCUCACCGAUCAGGCGAAACGAGUCGAACUCUUCUCUCAGCAACUACGUCCAUUAUGAUUUCCUGCAAAAGAAGCUCAAGAGUCUGGAGGAAGAGAACCUCAAACUGCGUGCUGUGGCCAAUGAGUUGACAUCAGAGACCAGCAGCUAUGAAGAGCAGGAGCAGCAGCUGAUGAUUGUGUGUGUUGAAGAACUCUCAUCAGCGAAUAAGCAGGUGGUGGCUCUGUCGGAGGAGCUGGCUCGUAAAGUGGAGGACUCUCUCCGCCAGCAGGAGGAGAUUAGCUCUUUGUUGGGUCAGGUGGUCGACCAGCAGCAGCGUUGUAAAGCGCUAAUCAGGGAGAAUGAGGAACUCACUCAGCACCUAAACAGUUCACGGGAAAGCCAGUCACAGCUCAAAACAGAGCUGAAGGACCUGCAAGAGAGGUAUUCAGAGUGUGAAGACAUGCUACAGGAAGCCAGAGAGGAGAUCAAGAACCUGCGCAAUAAGAGCCUGCCCAACAGCACAGUGCAGCGCUACAGUUCGCUGGCUGCUGUGUUCCCCAUGGACUCACUCGCUGCUGAAAUUGAAGGAACCUUCCGCAAAGGCCUGGACAGUCCUGCUCCGUCAGAAUACAAGAACCAUCCAUGGCGCGUGUUUGAGACAGUGAAAGUGGCCAAUCAAGCUGCACGACUGCGCUCUCGGUGCCACUCCCCGCAGGUCCCCAGCUCUAGCCCCGCCUCCUCCCAGUCCAGUCGAACCAGCACACCACACACUAGCUACUACGGAUCUGACUCCGUCAGCCUCAACCUUGAGGACAAAUCCCAAUCCAUAACAACGUUACAGGAUCAGAGCCUUGUAGAAUCAAAGCGUCUGGGUCAGCCAGGCAUGCCAGGUGGUCAAGAUCUGGAAGAAGCUCUGCGUUCCCUCUCUGCACGCCAGGAGCGUCAUUCUUCUGAUCGGCCGUUCUUCGAUGUAGAACGUGAGAGGAAGUUCAGGGCACUGGGUGGCAGCAGCACAGGCGGCUCUAGUGGCUUCCUUACACCCAAUGACAGCUUGGUAUCCACAGGAACCAACUAUUCAGGCAGCUCCCAGCAUUCAUCUGCUUCAUCCAGCUCUCGAUCCUACCUGCCUGAACGCCUGCAGAUAGUCAAACCACUGGAGGGCUCAGUCACCCUGCACCACUGGCAGCAGCUGGCUAAACCCAACCUUGGCGGCAUACUUCAUCCACGGCCAGGCAUCCUCACCAAAGACUUCAGGGAACUGGAAGUGGACGUUCAGCAAGUUUAUAGCCUCAAUGACCUUGAGGAGGAUGAGCCUAACUGGUCCAAACUCCCUAACCCCAUUCACAUCCCUAUUGUCACUUCAUCUGGAUCCAACUUCCCUCACACCUGCCCCACCCACACCAUCACCAACUCUCAGAUCCUCCAUCCCUCUGUCCUGCUGUCCUCUUUAUCCACUAGCUUUCAGCCUCAUAACCUGUCCACCUCUGGGAGCAGUGAGCAUGUAAGAACCUUACCAGAUCACCAGCAUGGUUUCUUCAAUAACCCUGCCAUGAAUAUGACACCCACAUUAGGUCUUAUUCAGCUGCUUCAAGAGCGAGGUAUCUCUGCUUCAACUCAGCCCAGCUUGCCUCCCAACCUCAGACCUUCUAUCAGCACUUCAGCAGCUUUAAACGAUAAAGAAACAGAUGGGGGACACAGCGGAGAGAAACAGCAGAGGAGGAAUAUUUUUAGCUUCAACCUUGUUGAAAAGCUUCAGAGUCUUGGUCUUCAUAAAGUGGUAGCCAGAGGAUUCAUAGACUCAGGGAAGAAGGAAGGAGAUCCACACAAUCCUCCUCCACCAAAACUGAACACUGGCUUUGAGUAGGGCUGCUGUUUUAUGUACUGUCUUCCAUUUUGUACGUAGCAGAUCCAACCUCUUAUCAAGUGUCGUAUUUAUCAUUGAACAUUUGAAAGCCAUAUACAUGUGGAGCGGUCCUUGUAGUAGUGAGAUCUCAUAUUGGUUAUGAAUGAAUGGGAUGUCCUGCUAACAACCUGAUAGGCUGGUUCAGGAUUGGAACUCCAAGACAUUUUAACAGUCUGCGGUACAUAAUGUAUGAUAGGUAUUUAUAUUGCUGUCUUACGUGUUCUGAGCACUUAUCAAAAGGGAUGAACUGUUCUUUCAUUAUGAUUUAAGAACAAGUCCUGCUUUUACUUUUUAAUUAUAUUGCAGUCACCUCCAUCCUGUUUCACCAUUUGUCUUGACAUACAUGAGCAUUAUAUAUUAUUUAUAUAUUUAAAGGCCAGUGACCUCUGAUUUGUCUGUGUACUAGAUGAAUUGUGACUGUUCAUGGGUUAACCAUUAGUUGUUUUUAUGACAAUGUGCACAUUUCUACUAUUAGAAAUACUAGAUGACCUGAGCAUAUUGUUCAGGAUGUCUAGUUGGACAUAAUAUUCUAUGAUUAGUUGUUUUAGAACCUAUUUAAAUGUCCCAAAAUGCACUGGGGCUCUUAGUUGUGAAUAUCCACAAACUUGAUGCUUUAUACAGACACCUAAUAGUCACAGGUCUAUAGUUAAAUCUAUUAUAUAGAAUUUUUCAGAUACUUGUAACUGUGUUGUUUCCACACACACAUACACACACUAGGUGAACAGUGGCUAUUUAGCACAUUCAAAUAUUUGCACAUGCAAAUUUGUGACAGUAAGAAAUGGAGGAGCCUCCAAACACAAUCGCCUUCGUAUGUUUUACUUACACUGAAAGUUUUAGUAGACAUAAAUCUGAAGCAUGGCAUUCUGCACAGUUUCUCAUAUCACUGUAUGGCUAAACAGACAUAUUUCCAGAUGUAGAUUUGUAUUUCAUGCUCUUCUGAUUUUAGUAUUACCUCUUGUAAACACAAAACUGAUUACAGAAGGUCUUUUAAAAUAGCACCUUAUAUCAUGUACUGUAUCCUCUCUAAUUGAUAUGUUUCAGUACAUUUUUUAUCAGUAGUGCUCGGCUAAAGCAGACUAGUGGAAAAUCAGCGUUAGAAGACCACUUACACCUUAAGACUUACAUGUUUAUAUGUAUAAUGUUUGUCCAGAUUGCUUGUUGUCACAUACAAAUCUCAGCUAACCUACAGAGUUUGUUAUGCAGCCUUUGUUUUUCUUUCGGUCUGAAAAACAUGUUUGCUGUAAUUGUUACUAACAGUGAACCAGGCACUGUAGGAACAGAUUUUUCAGACUUCUUUGGAAUAAUCUCAUGAUAUUGCUGAACUGUGGCCACUGUCAGCACCUGACUGAGUUUAAACUUGCCUGAGAUGUUGAUUACAGUAUCAGCCAGGCUCCUUCAUGAGACGGUUGACUGAUCACCAAUCACAUCACGAUCAUGUUUUGUUCUUGUGCCUUAUACUUUGCAUUAACGUGUUUUCCACUGUCCAGAUCAGAUUUCCAGAGUCAACUUGUAGAUUCUGAAUUUAAUGCAGGUUUCUGUAGAAGUACCUGUUGUUAAUGUAGCUAAGCACCUGUACAGCUUUAUUACAUGUAGCUCUAAACUUGAAUGGAACAUUGGCCAUUAAGCUAUCACUCAGCUACAUAUCGUAAGAACUCCACCGUUUUUGCUCUUUUGAUCUUCCUAAAAACAUUUCCUUUGGCAAGAUGUAAUAUAUGUACAUAGAUUUAUGUUACACAUAUCCAGUCAAAAAUAAGUAUAAAUAACGUCCAAAUAAGAACUGAGAUUUAGGUUUAUAACCUUGACAUGGGAGAAUUCAGAGUGAUGCUUGAGUGCUACAUUACUGUAGAAAUGGUAGCUGCAUUAUAAUGAUAGUUUGCAUUUGUAGUAUGGAAAAUAUGGGAAAUUGAUAACGCAAAAAAUCAACACAAUCACUGAGUGUACUGUAGACUUAUUGAUUACAAAUAUGUUGCACCUAAUGAUUGUAUUUUUUUCUGUUAUUUGGUCUGUAAAUAUGAUGCCAUUAAUUUGCACCUGUGAUCACUGUAAUUAUAAAAUGUAAUUGGAGUAAGAGCUGUAUACAGCAUUGCAGCAUAUGUGAAUGCGUUUUGCAGUGUUCCAAUAAAUACAGGAAUUUGACAUA